AUGUUGGGGACCCUCAGAUUUUGGAUGUUUCUUCCCACAGCUGUGCAGUGCCCACCAGGUCACCGGAUGUGUGUUUUCUUUGAGGGCCCUGGGGUACAGGGCAGUACGAGGGCCCUGGGGGAGCUGCUAGAUGCAGGGCCAGGGCCCCCUAGGGGCAUCCGCUGCCUCUUCAGUCUCUGUUGCUUCGGAAUCUGGAACCUGACUCAGGAUGGGGCUCAGCUGGAGAUGCAGGGCUGCCGAGACAGCGAUGAGUUGGGCUGUGAAUCCCCCAGAUGCGAGCCGGCCCGCCGUGCCCACCCCAGCCCUGGCUCCACUCUCUUCACCUGCUCCUGUGGCACUGACUUCUGCAAUGCUAAUUACAGCCACCUGCCACCACCAGGGACCUCAAGGACCCCCGACUCUCUGGGUCCCCAGAGUCCACCUGGGGACUCCUUUCUGGUGGCAGUGUCUCUGCUGGGGACGGUUCUCCUUCUUAUGCUGAGCGGCGGCAUCUUGGCCCUUCGACAGUGGAAGGCAUUUAGGGCCUCGGGGGGCCAGCAGCUAGAACCCGAGCCAGGCAGCGGUUGGAGCCAGGAGUUGCCGGAGCUGCAGGAGUUAUGCUUCUCUCAGGUCCUGCAAGAGGGAGGCCACACAGUGGUAUGGGCAGGACACCUACAGGGGGAGCCGGUGGCUAUCAAGGCCUUCCCCCCUUGGGCGGCACCCCAAUUCCAGGCAGAGAAGGCACUCUAUGAGCUAUCAGGCCUGCAGCAUGACAACAUAGUCCGGUUCAUUGCUGCUGGCAGAGGGGGCCCUGGCCCUCUGCCCCCCGGACCCCUGCUGGUGCUUCAGCUGUACCCCAAGGGCUCUCUGCGCCACUUCUUGGCCCAGCACACCUGCGACUGGGGCCACUCUCUCAAGCUGGCACUGUCUCUGACCAGGGGCCUGGCGUUCCUUCACGAGGAAUCCUGGAGGGACGGUCACUAUAAACCAGGCAUUGCCCACCGGGACCUGGGGAGCCACAACGUGCUUGUUCGAGAUGAUGGCUCCUGUGCCAUCGGAGACCUGGGCCUCGCCUUGGCUCUGCCCGGCCUCACUCAGCCGCCUACCUGGCUCCCCGCUCAACCCCGGGGCCCAGCCACCAUCAUGGAGGCUGGAACUCAGCGGUACAUGGCCCCGGAGAUCCUGGACAAGACGCUAGACCUUCAGGACUGGGGGAUGGCCCUGCGGAGGGCUGACGUCUACUCUCUGUCGCUGCUCUUGUGGGAGACUUUAAGUCGAUGCCCCGACCUGUGGCCUGACCACAGGCCCCCGCCAUUCCAGCUAGCCUACGAGGCAGAGCUGGGCAGUAGCCCCACCACCUGCGAGCUCUGGGCCUUGGCAGUGGCAGAGAGGAGGCGGCCCCGCAUUCCCCCAAGCUGGUACCGCGCCACGAUGGACCCCGGUGGGUUGCCAGAGCUGCUGGAGGACUGCUGGGAUUCUGAUCCAGAGGCUCGCCUCACUGCCGACUGUGUACAGCUGCGAUUAGCAAGGCUGAGCCCCCCCGAGUCUGGGGAGGCCUCCCUCGACGUCCUUCCUUCUCUGUGCCCCCAAGCCUGCUCUGCCAACCCCGGGGUAGCAGCCCCACCGCCCUGGCAUGGGCCCCCUUCCGACUCCCGCUGA